AUGCUAGAACAGACGGCAACUGUCCCCUCCAAUGACAAUUUAUCAAUAAUUGAUAUUGAUUCCCCAAUUCCAAAAAAGAAACAGACCAAAGCAAGCAAAGAAAAAGGUACUAAAUCACCAUCCGUAAAGAACAAACAGAAGAAAACAAUUGAAAAAACAGGAGUAAAAGGUAGUUCUAAAGGAAAGAGCAGAAAAGAUAAGUUGCCUCAGAUGUCGGAAAUUGAAUUAAUGGAUGGUAUUGAACCUUUACCAGAGCAGACAGAGGUAGAAGUUGGAAAUAAAGAUGACUUUAGCGAUGCCAGCCCAACUCGACCUCGAAUGUCAAGCUAUGAACAAAUGAGGAUGGACAGUAUAGAGAAAAACAGAAAAUUUCUGAGUGGCUUGGCAUUUCACCAUAUACCUCAGGAGUCAUGCACGUCUGAAUAUAUUGUUCAAGGUAUAUGGGUAAUCGUGGCGUUUGAGCAGACCUGGUAUCCCGGAUUGGUCAAACACAUUGACAAGGAGAAGGACAGUAUAACAAUAACGUUCAUGCAUCCGAGUGGCAAAAACAAGUUUAAAUGGCCGGUUAAAGAAGACAGAAUAGACGUUGAGAGGAAGUUUGUAAUUUUUGUCUGUUUACCUCCUUGUGCCUGCCCGGAAGGAGAAAACAUGUAUGUUCUACCUGGAACUGACUAUAUAAAAAAUAUAUAUAUUGCAUUUCAGAACAAGUAUUUUACUCAAUAG